AAUCUGUAAUUAUUUUGUUUUAUUUAAAAAAAAAAUUUUUUUUUUUUUUUUUUGUAUAUAUUAUUUUUACUUGCUACAAAAGUAUUUUUAUAUGUGAUCGUUGUGGGACCGUGGGAGCGGAAAAGGAUUCUCAAGUUCAGAUGGGAGCGGAAAAGAAUUCUCAAAUUUGUAUCGUUUAUCAUUUCGCACUUCGAAAUGUGUCAUAUUUUCGUUUCCGUUGCCUGUGUAUCUCGUUGAUUCCUCAUUUUUUAUCGUAUGCUUAGCGUUGCAUCCUGUUAUCUAUUUACACCUUUUUUCGUGUGUCUUUUCUUUUCUGGACGAUCCGGUCCUUUAGUCUCUUGUCGGCUAUCUGUUCGUGCGUUUGCUUGUUUUUCAUAAUCAUGUCUCGUCGUGAGUUUUUCUUCGCGUCUUCCAGUGAAGAGAGUGCUGAGGAGAGUGAGAACAGUUUCGACGAUUUCAGUGAUCUUGACACUGUGGCUCUUUUGGACGAAAGUUUUUCGUCCGUUGAUGAGGAGUGCACGGGUGCCGCUGAGCCAUUGCUCGUUAGUGGGUUUGAACAUUUAUCAAACCCUGAUAGUGCUCCUUAUGGAGAUUUAGAUUUAUUCAUGGACCUUUCUCAGGAGUCCGAAAUGUUUGUUCCCGCCGGUGCGGAGGGCGAGGUGUUCUCCGAGUGUUUUCCGACCGACGAGCUUGGGGAAAUUUUGAUUCCCGCCCCUUUGCUUGCUCGUUUUUUAACUAAUGAUUAUAGUGAAGAAUUCGGUGGUGACCUCGAUUUGGAGUUCGAGUUUGCCGUGGAUCAAUAUUUGCGCGAGGGAAACUUGCCUCGUCUGGAUCUUUCGCCGGAGGAUCCAGACAUGGACGCGGUUGACUAAUCCGUGUAUAGAUACUUUGCGUUGAUACCAUUGCUU